UUCUCGUUAUGGUGUGUCGAUGGCAAUGAUUGCGAAGCAACAUGCUCUUUUUGUGAAGGUGCUGCCUGCCUUCGCGUACAAAGACAGCAUCCCAUUCGUGGAAUAUCGACAGCAAUGACGUGCUUACCGCAUGAUUCCCUCAUUCAUUCUUAUCAUCCUGAAGGCUGUCGAACGGAACUCUCGACUGGCGAAAAGCUAUGUCUAUGCUCUGGACGAGAUUUCUGCAACCCAGCU